AUGCCAAAGACAAAUAAACAUACAAGACAAUUUCAACAAGCUGCUACUACAAAAUGGAAAAAUAAAUCAGUGACCAAUACCACUUCAAACAAAAAUCACGAACCUAUAGUGCUUAAUUCCAUUAACAAAAAUUGGCCUACAGUAUCUUCUUUAUUGAAUAAGGCUCUUGAUAGUAGUGUUAAUGAUGAUAAUUCUAAAUUAUUAUCACUUGAUGCACAAUUGAAAACAAAAACUGUCAAUAUAAAUCUUAAUACAACAAGACAAUUUCUUCAUCUUGUGAAUCAAGGGUAUACGAAGAUGAAAGCAAGUGAACUUCUAGCCAAAAGUUUGGGUAAAGGCCCAUGGCAUGCUCGGCGUAUUCAUACCUGGGCAAAUCAAUGGAAAAAUAACAAAGAGUUAAUAAAGUCAAAACGUGGUCAACAUAUAAAAACAAAAUCGUUGAUACAUAAUAUAAAUUUUCGACGUCAAAUAAAAUCAAUAUUUGGAAAAAAUUAA